UUUUUCUUCAGAUGUGCAACUAUUCCUUCUUUGGGUCCAGGGAUGACACAAAUUUUCAAGUGUGGGAGAAUGAAAGGAAGAUACGUGACAAUCACCAAUCCGGGAGGGGAAAAGGUUUUAUCAUUUUGUAAUGUGCAAAUCUUUGGAAGACCCUGGGAUUCAAAUAGCAGUAAUUUGGAAACUUCCAAUAAUUUUUAUCCAUUGUUACCUAUUUCUGGUGAUGUCCCAGAAACACUCAAGAAUGAUAAUUCUUCAGCUACAUCAUAUAAUUUUGAUCUCCCAGAGAACAACUUUGCUCCAGUGCUAUCAGAGGGAAAACCAGCCUUCCAGUCCAGCAUCUUCAAUUUCUCUGGGUCUCCUGAAAGAGCUGUAGAUGGGUCUCUGUUCAGUGAUUCUGAAAAAGGCACUUGUAUUCAAACAGAUCGAGAAAUGAAUCCCUGGUGGAUGGUAGAUUUGGGUUCUACAGAAAUCGUGCAAUCUGUGGCAAUCACCCCUCGGAAUGAUUGUUGUACUGAAGAAUUACAAGGAGCAUUGAUUCUAGUGGGGGACUCCCGUGAUGAAGGAGGGAUGCCCAAUAACAGAUGUGCCAUCAUUGGUUCCUUGGCUCAUGGAAAAACAGAGUUUUUCAGAUGUGGGAUGAUGAGAGGAAGAUAUGUGAGUGUUGUGAACCCAAAGAGAGAAGAAACAUUUCUAUCUUUCUGUGAAGUAAGAGUCUUUGGAAAAGCAUCCGAGUCAAUCUCUCCUAGUCUUCCAACACCCAGUCUUGAAUCUCAGCUUUCAACACCCAAUGCUAGCAAUGCCUCAGACUUAAUUGGUCCAUUAUUGUCAAAACAAAGACCAACCUCACAGUCCAGUGUCUUCGUUCUUUCCCCAUUUCUUCAAAAACCUAUGAAUGGAUCUAUUCAAAGUAACUAUUGUGUUCAAACUCUCCAGGAGAAUGAUCCUUGGUGGAUGAUAGAUUUGGGUUCAACACGAACUCUAGGAUAUGUGUCAAUCACCAAUCGAAAAGAUUGCUGUCCUGAACUAAUAAAAGGAACCCUGAUUUUGGUGGGAGACUCAUCUGAUCAAGGCGGAAAGUGGAAUGCCAGAUGUGCAAUCAUCCCUUCCGUGGGUCUUGGGAUAAAACAAGUUUUCAAUUGUUCAGAAAUGAAUGGCAGAUAUGUAACAAUCACAAAACCAGGGAAAGAAAAGGUUUUAUCAUUUUGUGAUCUGAAAGUUUUUGGAAAAACCUUGAAUUCAAAAAACAAUGUCUUCUAUGAUUCCUCUUCCACCUUACCACCUACUUCUGAUGAUGACCAACAGAUAACUAAUCAUGGUUCUAAUAGUUCUUACUAUAAUUUUGAUCUCACAGAGAACAACUUUGCUCCAGUGUUAUCAAAGGGGAAACCUGCCUUCCAGUCCAGCAUCUCCAAUCCCUUUGGGUCUCCUGAAAGAGCUGUAGAUGGGUCUCUCCUAAGUGAUUUUGAUGAAGGCAAUUGUAUUCAAACAAACAAAGAAAUUAAUCCAUGGUGGAUGGUGGAUUUGGGUUCAACAGAAACUGUGAAAUCUGUGGCAAUCACCCCUCGAAAAGAUUGUUGUACAGAAGAAUUAUAUGGAGCAUUUAUUCUAGUUGGGGAAUUGCCUGAAAAUGGUGGCAUUUUCAAUUCCAAAUGUGCAGUCAUUGGUUCCUUGAGCCGUGGAAAAACAGAGUUUUUCAGAUGUGGAACAAUGAGAGGAAGAUAUGUGAGUGUGAUCAGCCCAAAGAGAGAAAUAUUUCUAUCUUUCUGUGAAGUAAGAGUCUUUGGGAAAACAUCAGAUUUCAUCUCUCAUGAUGACCUACCUAUCACUCCUCCUGUCACUUCAUUACCCAAGGCUAAUGAUGACACUGUCCUAACUGGUCCAUUACUUUCAGAACAAAGACCAACCUCACAGUCCAGUGCCUCCCUUCCUUCCCAAUCUCCUCAAAAACCUAUGGAUGGGUCUAUUCAAAGUGGCUAUUGUGUUCAAACCCUCCAAGAGAAUGACCCUUGGUGGAUGAUAGAUUUGGGUUCAACACAAACCCUAGGAUUUGUGUCAAUCACCAAUCGAAAAGAUUGCUGCCCUGAACAAAUAAAAGGAACCCUGAUUUUGGUGGGAGACACACCUCAUCAUGGCGGAAAGUGGAAUGCCAGGUAUUGACCUAAGCCCUGUUAUUUAAAAAUUCAUGGGUUGAUAAUGGAUUGAAGAAUCACUUCAAAUAUGACAUUUCUGAAGAUAAAUUUACA